UUAUAAACAAGACGUAGAGUGCACAAGAGGCCACGGGCUUCUGUCUGGGCUCGCGAUGCAUCUCUCAAACUUCCAUUCUCGCGGUAGAACAUCCUGCACUCAUCCGAAACUCAAUGUAAACAAGCACGGGACGGCACAGGCAAUAUACUGAUUGCAUGAAGCGUGGACUCGAGACAUUCGGGCUCAGCACAGUUCUCACAGCACGUGGACAGAUUGUGGAGGUCAUAUACACACGUGGCUCGGAAAUUUUGGUCUCGGUCUCGCCUCAAACCGUUAUGCUGAACCCGUGAGGCCAUGUGGUGCGAAAGGACGGCGGCCGUUGGAAGACCCGGUAAGAGGGGGGCACCUCGUGUUGCCCGUUAGUUACGGGGCAGCUCUUUUUGCAUCGUCAAUUUCUCGCAAAAAGCAAUCCGUGUACUACGGCGGGCGAGGAGCAACCGCUUAAACGCCGGCGCAAUCGGCCGUUGGCCCGCGAUGAUGCUCAGUAAGUCGACCCGUCAAAGCGGCUGGGAAAAAGCAAACGAGAGCAACUCGCCCAUUUGGCCGAGCUUCAUUGGUGCAGCUGUCCUAGUGGCGCCAAAAGAAGACUCAGAGCGCCUGCCGAUCAGGGGAUCACGUCGAGAAACUCGAUUUGAAGGAUCCCGACAGUUUCUUGCGAUCACGAUGGGUUCAAAAGAUUUGGAUGGCCAUGAGAACACAACAAAGUACUUGAGUCGGCCCUCCCCAGAGAUGUCUGUACGAAGUGGGAGAUUUUCCCAAUAAUUCGCGGUUCGUUUCUGCCUCAAUUCAUUUUGUUCAAAGCACUAAACACAUUGCUGGGAGUGCCUGCUCUUACUUGUUGUCGGGCGACCAAGGGUCUUCAGACAAGUGUCGCGUGGCGGCAUUGAGACCAGCCAACUGUCCGCCUCUUCAGACCUGAUUCGCCAGAAAACCUCCUACUCGCAUCAACCUUCUGUUAAGCAAAUCACUCGUAAUGGAACGAGGUGAUGUCCAGACUAGCGUCCCUCCAUUGUCUCCUUCCUCUAGUCGCAGUGCCCUAAGCCUCGAAGAGCUCGACCUUGCCGCGGACCCCUAUCCGUUUCAAGCGACCCAGUCGAAGUGGAAUACGGUCAACAAAUCACAAACAUGCGAGAUCGAUCUCCCAGAGCUACAAACAGCACAUGGCGACCCCGAGGGGCUUGACCCAAUUGGCAUCGAUGGCUUGCAGCCGGGUAGCUUCGAUCUCGUGAACCCAGUUGAGCCAAAUCGAGCCGGGGGUGGAAAGUAUGAACUCGAGAAGCGCUCCGAGUUGCUCUUCUCCAGUCGUCACCUGGAAGCCAUCUUCAACGAUCCAGCAUACUUGUAUCGUUUCGCCCGAUUCUUGCAUCAACACCGACCAGCCUCAGUCCCACUCUUCACCUACUAUAUGGAGAGUCUGAAAGCCCUAAAGGCUAUCGACUAUAGCAAUGCUUUGAUGAGGGGCUUGGGCUCAUUGACCGAGUUUGACUCGGACGAUGAAUGUGCCUUGGCGCAUUCAACCGCCAACAAAGAGCUUGAGACAUACGCCCAGGCGGCUUUUGAUCUUCUGGCAAGGGAGGAUCUCCCAAUGUACAUCACACAUAUCUGGAUUCAAACCGUGACAGUCUCCAUCAGGCACAGGAUCAAGGGACUGCCUCGGCCGGCAUCAGAAGGGUUAGCCGAGGUGUUUUGUCUCACAGACCCAUCACGGCCUGACAAUCCCAUUGUCUUCAUGACCGAGGAGUUCAAUAGAACAACACAGUAUGGAGUGGACUAUGUGGUCGGACGAAAUUGUCGGUUUCUUCAAGGACCAAGCACCAACCCAUUCAGCGUCAAGCGCAUUCGAGACAGACUAGCCGCCGGCAUGGAGCAUUACGAAACAUUUAUUAACUACAGACGGGACGGGUCUCCGUUCAUGAACCUCGUGAUGCUCGCGCCGUUAUAUGACAGUCGAGGUGUCAUAAGGUACUUCUUGGGUGCUCAAGUGGACGUGUCGGGUUUGGCGAGAGAUUGUUAUGGUCUCCCGGCACUCAAAAAGUUGGUUAUCGAAGAAGAAGGCGAUCCCAAAGAGCCGCCACAGCCCAGUUUCGACAAGGAUGAGUUCACACAGCUCGCUGAGUUGCUUGGACGUCGAGAGCUCGACGUCGUGCGAGAACAAGGCGGACGGAUGCAUGAGCCGCCGUUCCAGCAGACGGGAGCGGGCCCGCGUCGCUUCCAAGAAAAGCCUUUGACGAACCCAACCGCCAAUAGUGCCUAUGAUGUCGAGCCUUACACGGAAAGCGCAGCAAGCAAGCAUCGGGUCAUAUUGAAAGAUCCUGAGCCGCAAAGCUCUGCGACGGGCGAGUACGGUCAACAGGCCGAUCCUUCCGAGCACGCCAUGUCGAUGGCACUCAAGCACAACGGUCGACUCGCUGGAGUAUACGAAAACUACGUUCUCGUGCGGCCAUAUCCGUCGCUGCGCAUCCUAUUUACGAGCCCGUCCAUGCGAAUGCCAGGCAUCCUGCAAUCGCCUCUGCUUGACCGAAUUGGCGGCUCGGCGAACAUGCGAGACCAGCUCGUGCAGGCCCUCGCCGAAGGACAGGGGGUCACAGCAAAGGUCACCUGGCUCAGUGGAUCUCAAAGGCCGGCCCAGUUCAAUCCUCAGCCUCCGAGACGGAUGGCAGCCUACAACCAUCCGCUGGAAGCACACCUGGGCUUCGACGACGAUGCCGACACUUUGAUGGAGCCAGAGCCGCAAGGCCGGCCACGAUGGCUUCAUUGUACACCAUUGGUGGGAUCCAACGGUAAAGUCGGCGUAUGGAUGAUCGUAAUAGUCGACGAUGAAUCGGAACACGAACACAACAACAACAACAACAACAACAACAACAACAACAGCAACAACAACAACAACAGCAACAACAACAACAACGCCAGCGGCCACCCGGGCAAUACGAACCGUACAAUGACACCAGAUCGUCGUCGUCCUGGGUCUGCAAUGUCGAAUAGAUCGACCCCGGCCACUCAGGACUCGAUAGACAGCGUCCACGACGAACAAAUCAUGUCGCAGACGCAAAGAGCACGACCACGAAGGUCCUCGGAGACACUCGGGACGUCUUCGGCGAACACACAGCCCUACGACGAUGCGGCGCCGAUGCCCAGGCGACGCCCGGCCGCCUUCACCAUCACUCCCCGGAUGCCAGGCUCCGGUCAAACUACCACCAGACUACCAGCGCACUUCUUUAGCCGAGCGGCCCUGGCACGGGCCGCUGCGUCCAACAUUUCACCAAGUAGGCCGAUGCUAGGAGGUGGGACCGACGGCGGCGAUCAACAAUGGCAUGGGGCGGAACAGCACACCAAAUCCCCAAACCGAGACGAGCUGUUCAUGUCACAAGCGCCCUCGUGGCCCUUGCCGCCGAAAAUGACUUCGCAAAUGAGAAGACGGCGAGAGCAUCAGGUCCACGUACCGCCGCCCAUUCGGGAACAGUCCUCUGACAAUGGUCGAGCGGACGCGCUGGGCCACGACAAUGGGGAAACGUCUUCCAUUGCGAGCCGAGGAUCGGCCUUUACAGUCAAAAUCGAGGAGUGAGGGCUGUUCAUUUGUAAGAGCAGAGAUGCACAUUGAGAACUCCAGGCGCAAAACUGGGG